UCCACGUUGAGCCAUGGAAGCCUAUGGCGUGAACAAGAGCAAUCGUUCUGAAGAGUUGAAGCUGCCCUUGGCCCUGUUUGCUGUCAAACGCAAUAGCAAGAGGCGGCUCCUAUUCGAUGUUUCAAGCAGAGAGAUCCGUGGAGUGAGUAGCCCUGUAUUUCCAGAAGCUACUUGUGCAUUCGAGAAUGGCGGGUGGCUCCUCAUGAUCCGGCACAAACCGCUCUGCUUCCAAGAGCAGAUUGUCUUCCUCGUUCACCCAAGCUCUGGCAGACGGCUUGACCUGCCAGCAGUUCACUCUUGCGACAAGGCGUUCUUCGUGUUCUAUGUCGAUUCUCAUGGAGCGCCUCUGGUUGUUGCACGCAUCGAGAUCUGGAGCCUUGUUCCGACCAUCCACAUUGCCUGCCCUGGAGACGUGUACUGGAGCGUGUACCAGCAUGAUGCUGAUCCUCCCCGCAUCUCAAGAGCAAUGCGCAGAGUACACGAGCCCACUUGCUUCGCCGACGUAGCUUUGCUCGGCACGCAGGCGAUCUGCCUGGACCUCAACGGGGAGAUCCUGGUCUUCGACGUCACUGAAAUGGCCUGGAGGAGAACGGUGUCUUGUCCAGAGGGGAGUAAACAAGAUGCCAAUUUCCUUGUCGCGUCCAACGGGGAGGUUGUGCUCGUGUCGCGUUCGCAUACCAUGGAGAACGCUUUCAAGUUCUUCAAGCUGGAAAUGGAGGUGCUGGAUUGGUCACCGCUGAGUGAUUGGGAGCUGGAUGGCACCAGCUGGUUUCUUCGCAAGGGCCAGUCCUUUCGUGUGAAGGAGGCAGGCAAGAGGAAAGUCUACACAUUCGAUGGUCCAAAACAAUCAACGAAGUCUGCCUCAGAGAGCUCGAAUAGUGCAGUGAAGGUGACCACCUAUUUCAGUGGUACAUCAGGGCAUGAUGAAACAUUGAAGUCCAUCACAAAUAUAUAUGCUUAUGACUUGGAUGAUGGGACUGUUGAGAUGGUCAUCCCAGCAUCCAUCGUUACAGAAGCGCGCCAUUGGGUUCAGCCCGGUAUAUUUGCAACCCCAGCCAAAUGAUCCUAUGUAUUGAGCAUAUUAUCUUAAUGAAGAUUAGUUUUACUUUUCAUUCAGACUUCAGAGUGCGGGUUUACUGUCCAGGUGGAUAGCUGCAUUUACAGUUGCUCGACUAAAAGCAAGA